AUGGCCGCCUCAUACAUCUCUUCCCUCGUCGAUGAAUAUCGGCCAGGUCUCUCCAAAUACGAAGAUCUCUACAAACACUUCCACGCAAAUCCUGAACUGUCAAACCAGGAAUCCGAAACCGCAUCGACCAUCGCUUCCUACCUUAAAGACAAAAUCUCCCCUGACUUCGACGUGCGUACAGGGAUUGGUGGACACGGCCUCGUCGGUCUUCUCCAGAAUGGCGAGGGCAGCAAAAUCCUUCUGCGUGCCGAUUUCGAUGCCCUUCCUGUUGAAGAAAGAACGGGAUUAGAAUACGCGAGCAAGAAGAGAAUGAAGGAUGCCGACGGCGUUGAAAAGCCUGUCAUGCAUGCUUGUGGACAUGACAUGCAUAUCACAGCUCUCCUGGCAGCCGCUGAGACACUUCACAAGGCACGAGAACAUUGGAAGGGAACAUUGAUUCUGGCAUUUCAACCUGCUGAGGAGAGAGGAACGGGUGCGCAGGCCAUGAUUGAUGACGGAUUGUACGAUCCCAAGAAACACGCUGUCCCUGUGCCGGAUGUUUGCCUGGGCGGCCACGUUGUUCCCUGGCGCGCUGGUACACUUGGUACCAGAAGAGGCUUGAUGGCCACUUCCGCGGACAGUAUGCGCAUCACCUUGCACGGGCGAGGCGGCCACGCAUCCAUGCCCGAGCGCCUCGUCGAUCCCGUCGUCAUGGCAGCACACACCAUCAUCCGCUUACAGACUAUCGUCUCCCGAGAGAUGGAUCCCGCCGAGCACGCCGUCGUCACCGUAGCCAGCGUCCAAGCCGGGGAUGCCGAAAACGUGGUCGUCGACGACGCACGCAUCGCCGUCGACAUCCGUGCCACGCGCGAAGAAGAUCGCCAGAAAAUGCUCUCGAGCGUGAAACGAAUUGUCGAAGCGGAAUCUCUGGCCAGCAGAGCGGUCCAACCUCCCACGAUCCAGAAUACCCGCUCCUUUCCCCUCACCAUCAACGACGAGAAGAUUACCGCGAAAUUGGAGAAGUCUUUCGCGGAGCAUUUUCCCGCCUCCGCUGGAGGAGAACAUGGCAUACGAUAUGAUCCUUGCUGUGCGAAACUCGCGGGAUCGGAGGAUUUUGGGAUUUUGGGCAGUGCGGUCGAUGUUCCGACGUGUUUCUUCAUGUAUGGUGGUACGGAUCCGGAAGUGUGGGAUAGGUGUGAAAGAGAAGGGAGGCUGGGUGAGGGGAUCCCGGUCAAUCAUUCUGGGUUGUUUGCGCCUGUGAUUCAGCCUACGAUGAGGGUGGCGGUGGAUGCUUAUGUGGCUGGGGCGUUGAGUUGGUUGGGCAAGGAGGGAUGA